AUGAUUGAGAACCAUCUUUCAAAUACGAAAGCCGAUGAUGGUGAUCUGGACAUGGAGGAGAUUGCCUUACCAGCAAAAUACAGUAAGACUUAUGGGAAUGUCAUCAUUGGCGAUGGAACAAAACUACCAAUAAAGGAAGCUUUGCAUGGAGAAGUUGAUACAGAAUCCAAUUUCAAUUGGCUUAAGGAAGGAAGACAUCUUGAUAUGGCUGCUGACAAGACGGGAAAUAAUGGAAUAGUGUACGUCAGUGCAACUCCGGACACAAGUGUAGCCAAUAAUGAUAAGAAAUAUGAUCAAACAGAAACCACAGAUAUCAUUGAUAAAAAAGCCGAUCGAAUUGAGACGAAAGACAAUGAAGAUACAAAACUUUAUCCGCUAGAAUUUGUCUCAAGUGAAGAUACAUCGCCGGAUAGAAUCAGAUUUGUAACAGGACUUUACAAUGAUUUUGAGGAUUUGCUUAAAAAUUCCGCAUUCAAAACUUAUAUCAGUGAUACAAAUGACUUUGGAGUACCAUCAUUGAUGAAAACUGAAAGAAAAGAGAGGACAGAUAGACUCAAGUGGCUUUUGACAAAUUUGAUAAAGAGCUUAAAAGAAUUGAUGUCAAGUACUAUAAAGAGUGAUGCACAAAAUGAUUCAAAGGCGGUUAAGUAUGAAGAGCUUAUAAAUAUACUCAAUCUUCUUCAUGCAACAAAGUUUUCGGAGCCCGAUGAAUCCAUUAUCCUUUUUCAAAUGUGGGUCAAUCGUGCGGAUAUUCAACCGGACGACCAACUUGUAUCUGAUAUGGAGAACGCAUCCCACGGAACUUUGUAUAAGAACAUGAAUUUUUGGUCCAAAUACUUAAAGACAAUGAUAUUUAGAGGAUAUUUUGCACAGGCAAUAAGUGCUAUUGACGAAUCAGGAUAUGAAAAUUUCGAGCAAACUGACCCAGACUUAUAUGCCUUGGUCAAGCACUUAAAAUCAUUAAUAGCAAGCUACGAUCCAAUGAAAUUUUCACAAUAUUUGAAGGCAUUUAUGGCAUGGAAACAGCGGGCAGCCAAUCUUCGAGAAGCUGCAAUUAAGCUGACAUUUAAAAAUGUUGAAAUCGGAUCCCAAUUAGUUGAUAUAGUGGCAUCAAUAUCUGGAGUUGACAGCGCUCUCAGAAAGAAUUGUGGUAGAUGGUAUGAAUAUUUCCUUCUUGAGUACAUGUUUGAAAUGCCAUCGAUGAAAAAAAUAUCCGAAUAUGUUGACAAGGCACAGAAGUCAUUUUCCGUCGACACUGUAUACUCGUGGGAAACAAUUUGCUUAAAUAUAUUCUCAGAGCAAUAUCUCAAAGCAAUAUCAGCUCUUGAGACUCUUGAUAGAAGUGUCUCAACAUACACAGCAAUCCUUCUUUCCGCUUCAGGUCUUCUAAAGUCUUAUUCGAAUAUUUCCUUGCACGGAAAAGAUAUAAAAUCAGGUGAGGAAGAAAUUCAGACUAGUAUUGAUCAGAUGAUUGAAGAUUUGGCGUUAUCAUAUCUUUCAAGCAAAGAAUUAUUUUCGACUGGUACAGGGAUUUUAAUUUUGACGGAUGAUUCCAAGGCAAGAAAGAUUUUGUCAGAGAUGCUUCCAAACUACAAGAUAGAAAGUAAUGAUGAUUUUGAAUGGUGUCUUUCCAUCUGUGCAAAACUUAUGCUGCCAAUGACAGCCAAACAAAUAUACAACACACAAGGUGAAAUAUUAUUGGAUAAUGGCUAUGAAUAUGAAUCAUUAUGCUGCUUUUCCGAGGCCGGUAACACAAAGAAAGUGGUUAGCUCGGUGUGGCAAAUUUUUGAGAACCUUUUAUUGGGAGGUAACCUGGUGGAUACUUUAUUAAAUGAAAAGAUAGACAAAGAUGAAAUCGACUCCCCAAUCCUACGCCAGGCACUCUCCCCAUUGGCGUUACUUAGAAAUAUUUUGAGCACGGAAGGUAAAACGAUACCUUUUGAGAGAUUCGUGGAACUUAUUCAAUUUAGAUAUCUUCCGGCGCAUUACAAGGCAGUACUUUUGCUCCUGCUUUUACCGUAUUUCAACACGAACACAUUUUCGUUAGAUCAGUUAAUUAAAAUUAUUGAGAUCUUGAACGUUUAUGAGAAACAGGUUAAUGAUGACACCCAAUGUGCAGAGCUUUCUGGCCAAAGCUAUGAUGUUGCUGUUAGCAGGAAAGAUGUUGGCGCUUCCAAAGGAACAUACGACUGGAGAAAUUUAGAAAAACUUCCAUCUGACAGUAUGGCACUGAUUUUAGAAAUAAGGAAACUUAUAGCAUUUGAAAUCAGUUUCAAGUUUCUUGAAGAAUGA